CGUCGUCUUCGCUGCGGAAAUGAUUUGGAAGUUGUCCUUCGGGUCACUAAAAACUUAUUAUUUAUCACUGACGCAGUAACGGGAACCGUGGAUCGGACAUGUUGUAGGUCUGCAACGCAAAACUCCAGAAGUUCGUGUCGGGACUCAUGAACUUGCGUAGCGGGUCACUUGACGGUAGUUUCAGCUUCGUUUAAGUUCGAGUGAGUCGUAUGUCCUGUGGAUAGGCCUUGCAGACUCCUACAUGCCCUAUCUAUCUGGCUGCAUACUUUAAUUCCGGUAGCCCCUUUCAGUGAUCCGACCGUUCUGACGCCUCUUUAUUUUUCCGAUUAUGUUUAGUCCCGUGAAAACGCAUCCCCCCGAGUAACGUUUCGCCGAGUUCAGUGACCGGAGUAUGGAUUGCCAUGCUUGUGAACACGGGGACCCAGACUAGCCUGCAGUUAUGAGGUUCAAAGUGGCGACCUUGUCCUGUGGAUUUGUGUGGCUCUCCCUGAUAAAGUGUUGCCAACCGAAACAAAGUGAAGUGUGCGACAAUGCCAAGACAAAGCUGGAGACAGACCUACCUCGGUCCGGUGAGCUCGGGUGUCCGGAGCCGUGGCCACGUUCAUCAUGGAGACUCCCUGAUAUUUCCACAAAAUAUCCCCUGCAGCCAGCUGAGCAUGUCUGCAUGGAUAUGCAGAUCACAUACAACCACACCAUCCCCAGCAGUGGAGCUCAUAGGCCUAUAGGAGCAAGGAGUGGAGAGUACUUGUACUGCCCCCCUCAGCGCUGGCUAAACAACCUGAAGGAUGGCGCCAUAGUGCUCCUUUAUCACCCUUGUGUGUCGGAGGCCGCUCGCAGGCAUCUGGCGUUGGUAGCUAACUCCUGCCUGCCUCACUACGUCCUUACGGCUCACCCCCAGCUCAGCCAGCAGAGACCCUUUGCCUUGGUGUCCUGGGGUCAUACGCUAGAGUUGUCCCACAUCACCACAGCAGGAGUAUGUGAGUGGUUGCUUACAGCUUCUGUCCUGAAUCACACUACGGGGACCCAGAGAACAAAGUACAGCCUGUAUAUGGCAACGGCAACGUCUGUGGACGGGGCCCUGCGUGCUACUAUAAAACCCGCAGGCCAAGGAUCCAAAACAAAGUCGCUAAAGUCCCUGAGAGCGUGCUGUGUGGAGGUUCUGUCUGCAUAUGAGCACACAGCACAGCAGACCAGGAGGAGCAGAGCAGCCAACCAGCUCAGGAAAGCUCAGGUGAAACCCUCUGAAAGCCCCAAGCAUAACAUCUCAGAGUCCCAAAAUCCAAACCCGACCCAGUUGCAACCACUGACUACCACCGAUGACAGCCAUACGCCCUCAGCCAGCCCCCACGGUGGGCACGCCUCCGACUGGCAUGGAGGGCGAGCUACGAAUGCAACACCUACAGGGGGCAAGGAGCCACCCCAGAGCCACGGCAGGGACGAGGCGGAGCGGGUGAACGUGACUAGGAGGCCCGAGUCGCCGACGGAUUGGAAGUCCCGCAGGGAGAACGCGGGGAACGUCCGAAAGCACCGCGUUAAGACUGAUGUGAAGGAGCCAAGUGCCAUAGGCGGUCCGGCCACCGUGACUCCAGCAGGGGAGAGGCCUCCACCGGGGCAGAGCAGGCACAACCAGCGCAACGACGAGGCAGUGUGGGCUGCGGCCGCGCUGGGCUUCCUCCUGGUGCUCCUCACACUCUCGGUGCUCCACACACGCCUCUACCGCAACUGGCGCGUGCCGGGUAGCCUGUACUGGCACGAGGCGCAGCAGGACUACGAAAGCGUGGCAGACAUUAUUCGCAGGAGGCUGAGGAUGGUGGGACGGAGGAAAAGAAAAGUCAGCCAGGGCAGGAGGCAGGAGUGCCCCCUGCUGCCUGACUCUGGCACUGACAACGAGUCUGACUGACUCACUGACUCACUCCUGGGUCUGCCUCUAAACCUUACCAGUAUGACUGCUUCUUGGGGAACAUGUACGAGGCAAUGCAGCAUCCAUAAAUCACUCACGAGUUUCAGACAGUGCAUUCAUUAUUCAGAAAUGUGAAGGUUCAUUACAUUUCUGAUUUGUUACAUAAUUUAGGUAAGAAUUUUAUGUAGGUUUUCUCCAUUAUUGUUGAAUACUGAUUAAACACCUCUUUUUUUUUUUUUUUUUAUGGUAUAUUUCAAGGUACAAUUCAUUCUUAGGACAUUUUGGAAAACACUAUCAUGUCUAAGUAGAAGGUAAAAUAAGCUGGAAAAAUGUUUUAAUGUAAUUUCCACAGGUUUUUACUGUUAUUCAUUGAUGUGUAUAUAUAUUUCCCUGAAGUUCAGCUUGUAAAAACAUGAAAAGGACCCAAUACCUUAUUUUUUUCCUUUUCCGUCUUCUUUUUUGGAAGCUGUUGAAGCUGAAGAAGAAAUUUGUCUGGUAUUCCAAAAUGUAGGUUUAGAUUUUUAUUUUUAUUUUUUUUUUCCACUUUGUGUAUUUGGGUACUGUCAGUUGCUGAUAUAUAGCAAUGCACUGCCUCUGAUGGGCUACGAUUUAUUUAUUGUAACCUGCCUAAAGUACAAAGUUAUUUGGCAAAUGUGGCUGUCAAAGGGCAGGAACAUCUGACGUGGUAGUGGAAUUUAAAAGCAAAGUGGAGAGACUCAAGAAAUAGGACGACAUGUUUUGCCAGGACAUGGUGACAGAGAGCCCUGCCCUGUACAGUUGACCCAGUAAACGCACAGACCAGGGCUUAGCACGCAGACACUAGAUGUCAAGGAGGUUGUCGAGGAAGCUUCAUAUAGGCAUCACAUACAUUCUCCUGUGUGUAUUGAUAUAAUUUAAAUGUUUCUUCCAUUGUGAUUUCUCCUUACCGGGUUUAAAGAUAUUGCCAUGAAUUCUCCAUCAUAAAGAUGCACACUGCUGAGAGGUUUAAUAAAUACAUUCCUGCUGCUCUGCAUACAGGUA